AUGUCGGGCACUGGCACGCAGGCGAUGGAUGCUAACCGGUCCUAUGAUCAAAUCAUCCUCUUCGGAGACUCGAUCACUGAAAUGUCAUGGGACCAAAGUCUCGGCUUUGGAUACGGUGCUGCCUUGUCAGAUGCAUAUCGCCGCCAAAUGGAUGUGGUCAACCGAGGCUUUGGAGGGUAUACCACGGCCCAUGCAAUCAAGAUCGUCCACGAGAUCCUCCCGUCUCCCGAGACUGCCAAAGUGCGACUCAUGACUAUCUUCUUCGGAGCCAAUGAUGCUUGUGUACCGAGUCAUGUGCAGCACGUCCCCAUUGAAAUUUACAAGGAGAACCUGCAAAAGAUCAUUCAGCAUCCUGCCACUCAGGCCCACAACCCUCGCCUCAUCAUUAUCACUCCUCCGCCGGUGAACGAAUACCAGCUGAAAGAGUUUGAUGAUGCUAAAGAUACUGCUCAUCCCAGCCGCACUGCACAACGUGCGAAGGAAUACGCCGAAGCUGCCAAGGAGGUCGGAGCUGCUUUGAAGGUCCCCGUCGCUGAUGUGUGGGGUACAUUCAUGUCCACCGUCGGAUGGCAAGAAGGCCAAGCACUGAUCGGAUCACGAGACUUGCCCGCGAACCACGAAUUCAGUAACCUAUUCACAGACGGGCUACAUCUGACGGCAGCUGGUUAUCGCCUCGUAUAUGACGAAGUUCGCAAGACGAUCAAGAACAAUUACCCGGAUCUUGAUCCAAGUGCGCUUCCUAUGGUCUUCCCCGCCUGGACUGACGCACCUCGCUGA